GGGGUACAAACCCCCACCGAAACGACUCCAACCCAUGCCAUGCCAGCUCGGGAGCGAGCCCCUCCCGUAGCAGCAGGUCGGAAAAUAAAUAGUAUCGUUACUGCCUGCCCCUCACCAACGUUGGCCGACUUCAGACCGACAAAGUAGUACACCUGGCUCUCGUGAGCUUCCAAAGAAGUAAAUACUCCCAGCACGCGACGUUUUGCAAACCGCGUGCCUUGCAAUCAUAAUCCAUUAGUCGCUCGAACUCUUCUGGUCCCAUCCACGAAGUACUUUAAAGCUUUACCGACCCGCCACAGGAGCUAGCUCCCAUAGAAUCAAAAUGGCAUCCCACCAUGAUGAAGAUACGAUGCCGGAGGAGACUCAGGGCUAUAAACUAUCACAGCCCAAGCAGAGUCUGGCUGAGUACAGCCAAAUGGAUGCCGGAGACGAGUCUCUGCAGAGGUACAAGCAGUCCCUGGGCCUCGGCCAGGGCAAGGACCUCUCAGACCCCAACGACCCGCGAGUGUGCAUCAUCUACAGCCUUACCAUGGAGUCGCCAGGCCGCGACCCGGUCAAGAUCGAUCUGCGGACUCCCGGCAGCGAGAAGACCUUGAAGGACCACCCCUUCAAGAUCAAGGAGGGUGCCAAGUUCACCAUGGUUGCCGAUUUCAAGGUCCAACAUGAGAUUCUCAGUGGUCUGCACUACGUUCAGGUCGUCAAGCGCAAGGGUAUCAAGGUCAGCAAGGAUAGCGAGAUGAUUGGAAGCUACGCUCCGAACACGGACAAGCAGCCGAUUUACACCAAGAAAUUCCAAGAAGAGGAGGCCCCCACAGGCAUGCUCGCCCGCGGCCAUUACAACGCCAUCUCCAGCUUCGUCGACGAUGACAAGAAGAAGCACCUGGAGUUCGAGUGGAGUUUCGAUAUCGCCAAGGACUGGUGAUUAACGACUUAAUGAAGAGGCUGCGUAAUAAAUUUCAAUUCAUCUGGUAUCUCUGCCAGUUCACCCUGGAUGAUAUGAGGAAAGAAUUCCAGAUAUCAUCGAUGGACCAGGCUGGCAAUCAGAAAACGCCGCCAAGCGGAGUUGACGAUAUGAAAAAGAAAACACAGAAGGCAUAUACAAACGCAGGAAAAAUUUAUGACGAAAGGGUUGGUAUUUUGGCUUUCUCAUAUGCCUUGCACACUCGGUCAUUCCAAUGGAAGGUCGCAGUGUAUCGGGCUUUUCUAUUCGAGAAAAAUCACAGCGGUUACGAAAAGACCAUGACAAAUCAUUGCAUCCUCCCAAACCCGAUUGAUUGCUUGUUGAACAACUGAGGUGCCUGUGGAGCCAACCCAGUGGUGUAUUAAGUCUGUUCUAUUUCAUGACGUCUGUAUCGUGCCAACAGUCAUUAAGUCCUCGUAAUAUGCCACAACCCACCUAUCAUUCUAGC